CAAUGUCACGCGACGCGAAUUGACGCGCAUGUCACGAGACUAGCGACAAACUUUUCUCCAGGCCGUUCUUCACUGUAAAGGACGUCCUCUAGGGCUCUAUCAAAGCACAUACGUAGCUUGCAGUUCGACUGCAUGCUUCUCCAUCUUCACGAGUGCAAGUGUCCUUUCCGCGUUCGAAAUGUGCUAUUCCACUCGUCGGCCGUGAAUCUGGUACGACGAGACACAGGCUCAACAGCUCAAAGACGGCCUCAACGUCCGGCAUUUACACGAGAUUCAAGGCCGGAUUCAUUCCAAAGCCAAGGACAACAACUGGAGUACGACGCACGGUCACCCAUACGACAAUAUCCUCGCCCAUGGACUGGACGCGAUCAGAGCAGACAGGGAAAGUGGGAUAAUGAAAUGGGUAGCUCUCAUGCGCCUGGACGCGGGAGCUAUUCGCGCACGUAUGGUGGGGAGAGCAGCCGACAACGCUGGUCUUCGCCGCCGUUCAGACAGCGUUCCGACGAGGAAUGGGAUGAAGACCUUCACCGUGACCCAAUCCCGACAUUGAAGAAUCGAAACGCACCCAUGAUCAUCCCGUCCGAUGCUGCUGCGCCUAGACCGUCGCAUCCUCGUCGCACGACUUCCAGGCGUGAACCGGACGAGCCCCCAGCUUUCUACAAUCCUCCUGAAUAUCUCUCGCAUGCCGGCGUUCCCAUCAUUGUCAAAGCGGACUCCAAAACGGGUUCGAAGUCGUAUAGCGACGCCAUGUCGGAGAAGCAUGACGUUCCCAGACGCUUUACUUCGCCACCUUUGCUCCCUGGUCUGCAUCAAUGUCUAAAUGAUGUCCUUGGCGGUGGUAAUCUACCCCCAACUCCGAUCCAGGCCCUCAGCUUGAAAUGGGUACUCCAACCCUGGACGCCACCCUUGGAGUCGUCUGACUCUCUGGUGCCGGCGACAGAUAGCGCGGCUCACGAAUACUCGGAAUAUCUCCUUGCCUCUGAAACAGGGUCUGGCAAAACCUUUGCCUAUCUUCUUCCCCUGCUGCAGUCUCUCAAGCUUAGUGAGCCUGUAUAUAGCGCCCGCAUGUCCAGCCUGAAGACAGUCCCGUCGGGUCCUCGAGCGCUUGUUUUAGCGCCGACACACGAACUCGCUCGCCAGCUCAGCAGCGCCGCCAAGUCACUUGUUCACGAUAUCAAACUCCGAGUGAAAUGCGUUUCCCGGGCGAACAUCGAUGGAGCGAGUAUUGCCAAGACGAACAGCGCUAGCCGGAUGAAAGCCGAGCUUCUCGCUGCCUCGGCGCAGGCCGACUCUCAAUUCUCAGUGCUCAAAAAAGAAUUGUCUACAUCUGCGCCUGCAGACGUCUUGGUCGGAACUCCCAUGAAAAUCAUGGAGAUGGUAUUCGGUCGAGGAUGGGACCGUGAGGUUCAACUGGGGGGCGGCGCUUCGGAAUCGGACACAAAGCCUGGCGAAAGAGGUCCCAGGCUUCGCCGCGGCAGGGAUAACGUACCUGGCUUUGGACAGUGGAAGUCUCGCCCAGAACUCGACCUCUCCCAAAUCGAGUGGGUUGUCGUUGACGAGGCGGAUGUGCUAUUUGACUCCGACUUUCAGGAAACGACCCGGAUGUUGCUGGCUGAGAUCUCCAAGGCUCGCGGUCAAGAAGUUGCCUUUACGCCACUUCCCAUCGACUUGCUCGCGACGUCCAAGGCGGUCCCUCACGCCAGCAAAGCCCUUGCGACAAAAGCCAAGUCUCCAGCAGCGAAUCCGUUGAAUUACCCGUUCAACUUCCUUCUCACCUCGGCCACGAUUCCUGCUGGGCUCUCGACGUAUCUCAGCACAUAUCAUCCCCGCAUGCAAAGACUGAUCUCUCCAAAUCUCCACAUGCUUCCGAAAUCGCUCCAGAUUGAGCAUGUUCCUUGGACGGGAGGAAACAAACUAUCUGACAUUGAGCGACGCCUUCGGCAAGUAUGGGCCGACGAUGCGGGCCAGGGGCGGGGGCCUGCACCUGGUAGCACUGGCGACAUGAGCAAAGUGCUCGUGUUCUGUAACCGAAACACCAAGGUCGAGGCGCUGGGGACUUUCCUCGAAGAAAAGGGUAUCAAGACGAUCACUCUGUCUAGCUCUAGCGAAAACCGAUCGCGGGGCAGUAACAAGCACCUCUUGGGAUUCUUGAAGCCUGAAGCCCAGAAACGGGCCGUUCCAGCUGAUGAGACCGAACUCGAGACGAAAGCGAUUGCCAAGGUGACUCCGGUUCUCAACGACCCGAUGAACGUGCCACAUGUGAUGAUAACGACAUCGUUGCUCUCCCGCGGCCUUGAUUUUUCGCCUCUUAUCGAGCAUGUCUUCAUCGUCGAAAGUCCGAGAAACAUGAUCGACUUUCUGCAUCGGGCUGGGAGGACCGGCCGAGCCGGAUCCCGGGGCACCGUCGUUGUCUUUGGGAAAUCAAAAGGACGAGGCAGUCAACAGACGAGAGAUCUCAAGACGCGACUCAGGGCUAUUCGAGCGUAGUAUAUACAGUAAUGUACAUGAAUAAUAGUUAAUAACACCUACGUCGCAGCCAGGGGAGGAUUAAUAUAAAUAUUGAC